AAUGACAAUCCCUAGGACUCCCUAGUGGCCGCUAAAGACAAGUUUGACUGUAUUAGGAAUGUUACAAAAUUUUAUGUAAAAUCAAGUCUGUCAUUAAUUAUGCCGGUAAAAUCAUGACUUGAACCAUAAUUUGGUACCUCAUUCACUUCUCUACCCCGCGUAUUAAAGAAGUUCAAACAAACUUCAUACCGGAAAAUAGUGCCUUUAGUUGCCAUUGCUUUAACACUAGUCAAGACAAAAGCUGUGAUCGACCCAUGGACCUUGGCAAGUACAGCUGUACUACAAAUAUAUCAUAACUUAGGCUGGGACAUUUGUUUUAAAAGUCAAAAGGGUAGCCAUUUACAUUUUUUUUAUAAUCAAAAAGUCCGGGGAAGAAAAUCAUGUGCCAUAAAUACUGCAGCUUCCAUGUAAUUCCAGGGCAAAAUUAACAUAUUUCGCAGCAUCAAAUUUGAAUGAAAUUUCAUCUGCAGAUAGAUAAUUAAAGUGAAUUUAUGUCCUACUUACCUCUUUAUCUUGCCCUGAAGCUCCGAUCCAUGAGUUUGAAAGGCUUAAAGUUUUCUGUAUACGAAUGAAUAUUCACCCAAUAUCAUAUUUAAAAAAAUUGCAUUUUUAAGGACGUCCCCACAGACUCUCCUAAUCGAGGUCGCACACACAGUGUUAGAUUUUUGCAUCGCUAAAAUACGGGGAUUGUAUUUGUAACAUUCCUACAUGUGUUUUGACCUGGACACACCGCGCUGGAUGACGACAUCACUAAGGGUUAACUACAGUCCAGAGGCGAAUAGAACGUCCUUACUUUGCAUAUUGUCCCCAUAAAUGUCACUUAAAAGGAGUUUCAAAUAGUUUAGUUUGAUUUGAACAUGCAUGAAGGUUACAAUGGAAUACAUCUCAUGAAUCAUCCUUUCACAGUUCCACAUGUCCAAAAGGAGUAGGAAGAAGCAAAGCUUAUUUAAUCCUACCCCCCCCUCCAUUCCACAUCUUGUACAGUACAUAUUAUUCAAAUAAGGUCAGAUGAGUUAAAUAUGAAUACAAAAUAAAGUGAAUGAACUGCUCAAAAGACGAAGAAGCGAAUCAACUGUAUUUCAUAGGCCAACUACAACUUGCAUGACCACCACAUACUCCGACGACAAUGUCACCGACAGGCAGACUGCAAUGUUUAACAUCCUUAUCAUUAUAAAAGUGCUUUAAAAAAAUAAAUCCCAUCCAUAUAAAGCCUGUCGUGCUUAAAUCCAAUGCUUUAUUUCCUAGUAUUGAUUACCUUUUACACGAUGUUAGUCAAUAUAUAUGUCAUCCUGAAUGGAAACUUCAGAACCCAGAUUGAUGUAGUGAAUGAAUCGUUCCCCCCUACAAUUUAUCGAGGGCAUCGUAAUUAUGUCACAUCUCCACAUUUGGUGACCUGCCACUUGAGUAAUAUAUAUCGACCGACAACCAUGCGGCCCUAACGCCGCCUCUCAAUGCUAAUGAGGCAGCUAACAACGCCUGUGCUAUGCCCAACGUAUGGCAACACAGCACACGCCUGUGGUUUCAACACAUCAAAGCCCAGUUUUGACUGCAAGGAAUAACACAGGACGUGACAAAGUAUUUCCACAUCGUGGCCACGCUUAUUGUAGAAACAGUAUGAUGCAAAAUUGUAGUUGUUUUGAAACCGUGACUUUUUCAUACCGUGGUAUACCGUGAAACUGGUAACCGGCGCAUGCCUAGUGCAGAGGCUGACAUCCCAUAGAACAGGGUUCGGCAACCUUUACCAUCAAAAGAACCAUUUUGCCUCCCCUUUCAGUAAAAAAAAAACUAGUUUGGAUCCACAAAACAUUACACAACUUAUAAACUUGUUACAACCACAAAAUUCAUCAAACAGAAGUGCGCCUACAUUUGUAGGCCUACUCUGAAACCAUUUAAACACUUUCCUCUGUAAGUCUUACUGAGUGGUUCCCAUAUUUGUGUAAAAUUCAAACAAAAUGGAGCCAACUUUUCGAUAAUAAAGUCCAGAGUUCACAUAUCUGCAUACCUGCGCUAAAGUAUCAGGCACCAUUCUAUUGGCCCUGUCCUUGACUGUCUUUGCAAAGAGAGGCAUACACUAACCUAGGUCCCCUUCUCUUGCUCAUCCAAUCAGCAGUCAAAAUGCAGUCUAGAUGCGUUCACGGACUUGCGGCGUGUCAAAUAUUUCACAUUCUUUUCGAAAAUAGACAUUUCCCGUACUUCGGUGUUGAAAAAAAUCACUGUGAAUGGAGCUGCAUCAAGGAGGCUGAAGAGCUGCAUGCAACUCUGGAGCCACAGGUUGCCGACCCCUGCCAUAGAAAAAUCAGCCAAGCUACGUGCCUUUUACUGGCCAAAAAUAGCUAAUGAUGUAUUGCAUCAAUAAAUAUAAGGAUUUUUGCAUUUAAUUAAUGCAGUUUGUAUUUACUGUCACAAGAGUAUAUACAUCCUACAUAGUAAAAUAAGUGUAAAAGGUAAAAAACUGAAUUCUACAAAAUUUAAAAAUGAAAAAAAAAAACGGAGUUACUCAAGGUGUGGUUUGCAGACUUGUCACUUAAGCCUUGGAUUUGUCACUGGGGGGGUUCCACAUGAAAGGGUUCUGGUUUAACACAGCUUUGCUGAAUGUUUUUUUUUCUUCUUUUUUUUCCGUAUUAACCCCAACCUGAACAAAAUUCACUGUCAAACUCCCUUGACAUAUGCCAAUCUGUGGUUAGUCCUGUCCUAGAAGUGUGCACCAUCCAUCCUUAUAGGAUUAUUGGGUCUAUAUUUAUCAUCACUAAUUGGUUUAGCUUUUCCAAUACUGUUGAGCCCAUGUGGAGUCAAAGGGAUCCACGAAUGUGAUCUUCAAGUAACUACUGUUAUCAGAGCACUCAGUAGAUACACAUUAAUGACCCACAGCGGCCAGGGAAUGUCCACAGACCUUGCUUUUUUAGAGGAAGUUGAACUUUGACUGAAAAGUUCAAACAAGGCUCAUUUCAGUCGGGUGUGUACACUGUAGUGUGCAGGGGAAUUUCAUCUGAAACUAGCACUUCAUUAGCUGUCAUCGGAAGAAGCUGAUGAUACUAAACGCAGCUUUAAAACAUACUGAUGAUGGCCAAAGGAUAACACUGAAUGAAUCAGACCCCCUGUACCCAAAGUGACCCGAUUUACCCCCCCACCCCUCCUUUUUGUUCGCCCUUUUAUUAGCGUCAAUAUUAUUACUGUGGUAUGAUGUGAUUGGACAUCAACUUCCUGUCCAGCCAAGCUUUCCACUUGGGUCUGUUGGAUUGGUUCUUUGGCCUUAGUACAUUAUCCCUAUCUUUAUCCUUUUCCUCAGCCUACCCCUUCUUUGCGUCUUUGGGCCAUGGUUCGGAAGAAAGGUUCCCUGAUACUAUGUGGUGCUUUUCUAUUUGUUGCGUGGAAUGCUGUGCUGCUUCUUUACCUUUGGGGCCGCCCUCCAAUUGGCCGCCUCGGUGAAGGUGGUGGCGCCGAACCAGGAGGAAAAGAGGAAUGGGAUGUGAUCAGAGGGAAAGGAAACCCGGCCAGCCUGGCAAGUGAGGUGAUCCGUCUGGCAGAGGAAGUUGAAUUUCAGCUGGAGACCCAGAAAAAGCUACUAAAGGUGAUUGAAAGUCACAAAGCGGCCUGGUCUAAGUGGAAAGAUGUUGGAAAAAGAGAAAUAGAUGUUACUAAACAAGUCAAAUUGGAUGCCAUUCACCAGCCACCAAAGCCUGUGCUUCAUUUGAAAGAAAAGGUGGAGACCAAGGAUCGAACUCCAAAACAUAUGCAGACACCUUUUACUUCAGUAGCCCCAGAUGCUCUGUACCCAUCCAAUGUCAUCAAGACAGUCAGCAUUACAAACAAACUGGCAACUUCUGUUGCAAGCCCAGAAGUUGUCAUUCCAAUCCUAGUUAUUGCUUGUGACAGAGUUACAGUAAAACGGAGUCUUGACAAACUCAUUCAGUACCGUCCUUCUCCAGAACUCUACCCUAUUAUUGUCAGCCAGGACUGCAGCCAUGCUGAAACUGCAAGUGUCAUUGGCUCAUACGGCACUCAAGUGACACACAUAAGACAACCAGACCUCUCAGACAUCAGAGUACGACCAGAGCACAGGAAGUUCCAGGGCUACUACAAGAUUGCCAGACAUUACCGCUGGGCACUCAACCAAGUGUUCAACACUUUUUCCCAGUCCACUGUGGUCAUCGUGGAGGACGAUCUAGAGGUGGCUCCAGACUUCUUUGAGUACUUCAGAGCUCUCUACCCAGUCCUGCGCUCGGACCCAACCCUGUGGUGUGUAUCUGCCUGGAAUGACAACGGCAGAGACGCCUUAGUGGAUCCAUCCAAAACUCAUCUUCUCCACAGGACUGAUUUUUUCCCUGGUCUGGGCUGGAUGCUGCUAAAGGAGUUGUGGGAUGAAUUAGAACCCAAAUGGCCUUCUGCUUUCUGGGACGACUGGAUGCGUCAGCCAGAGCAGCGCAAGGACCGCUCAUGCAUUCGGCCAGAAAUCUCCCGGACUAUCACUUUUGGCCGCAAAGGCGUCAGCUUAGGUCAAUUCUUUGACCAGUACCUGCGCUAUAUUAGACUUAACACUGAAUUUGUGCCUUUUACCAAACAAGAUUUGUCUUAUCUGCUCAAAGAGAAGUAUGAUGAAAAGUUUAUCAAAGAGGUUUACGGCACCCCACUGGUGAAGAUGGAGGAGCUGCAACAGGGAGGAAGUUUAAGAGGACCGGGUCCUUACAGAGUUAAGUAUUCAAGCAGGGACAGUUUCAAAGUUCUUGCCCGAAAUCUGGGGGUGAUGGAUGACUUGAAAUCUGGAGUCCCACGGACAGGCUACAGGGGUGUUGUCAGUUUCCUUUACAGAGGUCGAAGGGUGUUCUUGGCUCCGCCAGAAGGUUGGACGCAGUACGAUGUCAGCUGGAGCUGAGGCUGAUCCAAAUAAAGAAACGGUUGAUGAAAAGAGUCCUAGUCUGAGCACACUUUUGGAGACCAAACAGCAACAAGGAAUUCCCACUGCACUCCAGUGGGGCUGUGAGCUGGUCUGUUUCUCACUCAGGAUCAGCUAGUGUCGAGACCAUUUAAGAGUUCAGAGUUCAAACUUCCCUGAAAGGAAAAUUCCACCUUUUGAACAUUGCUUCAACCACUUUUGGCAAAGUGCCUUGCUUUCCAGUCCCAUUAGCUUUGGUGUAUUCUUGUAUUCCAUUUGUCCAUAGCGGACACAUCCACAAGACCACAGCAGCUGUAAAUAAAGUUUGGCAGGAGAGAACAAUUUGGAAUGGAGACAGCCCGGAAAUGUCAUGUUUCAGUGUCUGUGAUAAACUGGAAGCCAAGAAUCAUCAAAAUUAUCAUUUUGGGAACUGCUCACGUGGAACAGACAUCAACUCCGCUCUUCAAAUCUCUACAACUAAUCCAGGGGUGUCCAAACGUUUUCCAGCCAGGUCCACAUUGUGAAAAAUGAAAGGAUGCAACUUUGCCACUUUGAUAUUUUGUAGAUUUUUUUUUAUUAUUUUUUAAGUUAAAAUAUUUCAACUUCUUAAAUCUUUAGUAAAUUCUUUUCGUAGAAUUAUGCAUUUAUUCUCAUAUUUUGACUUUAAUAAUAUUAUACACAAAGUCCCCAACCAACGAACACAAUUGGCUCCAGACGACCGUUCUUAUGUCGAAUUGUUCUUAAGUCGGGGAAAAGGUAAUAUUACCAAUGAUAUACUGUAGGUACUACAUGUACGUGUGUACAUAUACAGUAUAUGUGUAUGUAUGUAAAUAUGAGUUUGGAUGCAGUAGCAAUAUUAAACCAGGAUAAUUAAUGAAAACAAUAAUAAAAAUGAUAUAAUACAUAAUGAUAAAUGUUAUUUACCUUUGAAGAGGAGUGGUGGAGCAUACGUUGUUGUGGUGGAGUUGAAGGAGUUAUUGAAAAAAAGGACAAAUGGUCGUCAUGGUUAGACUCUUCUAAGAGAGGUAGUGUUCUGUGGGUGGUGUAGAAUUAAGCAGGCCUCAUAACUCUUCAGAAACUUUAAUCACACGCUCUGUCCGGGUUGCAUCGUACAGCUACAAUGUAGCUUUCUCUCCCCAGCGUCUAACGCGUCCUCUGUUGGUCCCAUUAGCAGUGUCACAGUGCCCUCUACUGGUCAAGCAUGUACAGUAUAAAUAAUGGAGUUACAGUACUAAAAGGCAAAAUACAUGAGAAAGUAGACUAGUCCGCUUGUGUUCGUAUCGCUGAAUGUUCGCAUGUCGGAUGUUCGUAAGUUGGGGACCUAGUGUAUAACCUUCCCCACCCUAAUUCUCCAAAAAAUGCAACUUUUUUUGUUUCUCAUGUUACGACUAAAAAAAAAAAAAAAAACCUAUUUCAUUUCCUAUUUCAUUCAACUUUAUUCUUAUAUAACGGUGGUCCCCAACCUUUUUUGGCCCACGGACCAGCUUGUGUUCCCACAAAUGUCCCGCGGACCGGGGAGGGGUCGUAUAUUAAAGCAAUCUAAUUUGAUCUUAUUUAUUGUGUAAAACUAAAACAUGAAUAGCAUCAAAUUAAAAGCACAAAAUGAAUGCCGACCCACCAUCCACCAGUUCAAGUUCCAGCCAAGUUUUUCCAGAGAGAUGAUUACAUCGCUGUUUGACGUGUGUGGUACAAGGCAGUGCGCAUGAAUGAACGUGAGACAAACGCGCACAUUAGCACUCAAUAAGUCAUCAAAACUUACCUUUAUGCAUUCCCACAUAGUAUCAGCAUUUGACACCAAAUAUGAGGCGAAAGAAAAAUGGUAAAAAUACAGUAGUAGUCUUUCUGUGCGGCGAGAGAAAGUUAGCACACGCGCAAUGGACAUGCGUCAAGUGAGAUGGAUGUAACGGAGAGAAUCCGGCCACUUUUCAAAAUAAAACAUUAAAAAUAAUGGAAAUUUUUUACCAGUACCGGGCCGCGGCCCGGGGGUUGGGGACCACUGUUAUAUAUGACUUAAUUCUCGUAACAACUUUUUUUCAGAACUUAAUUUUUCAAAAAUUGGUAAUUUAUUCAUUGUUUUGUUUUUCAUAACACAGAUGUCCCUUGUUUAGGGCGGUUAAUUGGUUCCAGACUCGGCCGUGAUAAGUGAAUUUCCACAAAGUAGGACGCCUUAUUUAUAAAUGUAAUAUUUUUUAUAGCUAAGAGCAUAGAAAAUCAGUUUACCACCUUCUAAAUAGAGCUUUUUAACAUUAGAGCCCUCUAGACAUGAAAUAACACCCCUAUAGUCACCUUUUACACUCCUAUCCCCCAGUAUAGUAGAUAUGAGGACACUGCUGACACCUGGUAACCAGUGUGGAAGACUACCUAUCAGCGUGUCUUUCAAUGCAACUUCUGAAUGUCUUUUAGCUGAUGUACUUGAAUUUGUGAUCCAUUAAGCGCACCUGUCUAUAAGCCACAGGUGUUUAGUACACAGGACGAUGUUACACAAAGAUUUCAUGAAAUUUAAUUCAAUAAAUGGUCUUCUCUGAACAGUGCGUGUAAUAAGGCUGGUUAAAGAGUAGCCAACCAAAAAAGUCAUUAAUUGCUGUCCUCGUCCUCCUCCUGUGAACUAAAACCACAAAAGUCGCCUUGGGUGUCGGAAUUUAACAGCCUCAUAAUUCCUUUGUCACGUACUUUGCUGUGUUGUCGUCUCUUUCUCGUUGUUGGUCUGAGAGACUUUCGUUUAGAGGCAAACUAGCCCUUGAGCUUGUGCUGUCUUAAUCACGCAGCCUUUGGAAACCCGUUGGUGCUAGUGGGUUUCUUGAGAGUGAUCCACGCUGUCAGGGAACAAACAUUGCGCGAUGGAUUGCCAUUAACUUCAAAGCUGGUGUUUUCCAUGAUGAGGGUGUGCGCAGAAUGCGCAAAAUGGCUGUUUUGAAGUAUGUACAAGAUGUCGUGAGAUUAGAAGGUGACCAUAAAUUAGCCGCAUCACCGCAGGGUUCAAAGCACGAGAAAAAAGUAGCCGCUUUUACACCGGAAAUUGUACAUUUUUAUGUUUGAAAAUGCUUCAUUGAGGCCAAAAAUGUGUAAAAUUCUAAUUAUUAACAGCGGUGUCGUGAGAUUAAAAUACUGUAUGACUGUCAUUUAGAGAUAAGCUAUCUCACGGCUUCCCAUGCCAGCUGAACUAUGGCAUCGCCAAUGUGAAUAACACACAUUAUUUAAAUGGCAGAGUGGAAGCGCACAUUAAGUGCUUUACGCACACUAUAAACCUUGCAAUCCCACCUCAGUGUUGUCAGCGCCACUCACCCUUGACGUGUGGCUGUUUUUUUUCAUCUGAGUUGAAACGGCUGCCGUAUGGCCAAGCAGAAGCUGUACUCAAGAUUCAGACCAGAACACGAUCGCUGCAUAAGAUUUCUAUCAAAACAUGUGAUGUCGUGUCUGCUCUGAGCUACUUCCUGCUUCCGCACUCUCAGCAUCUUGGGGACUGUAGUUCUUUUAGCGUAAAACAAAGCAAUCUGCAAUCUAUUUCACGUCUUUACGUAACUAUACAGAAACGUCAAUGAUUAGUAGCAGCAGCUACAACUUUGAUUCAAUUCGUAGAAAGCAGUUGAGUUAAAAGCGUCAUGCAGGUGUAUCAUUCACAUGUGACAUCGUAACAUUAGUGGUUCAUUUGGUGUCAAAUAAUGUUGGCAAUAUCAUGAAUAGACCUUUCAAAAUGCACCUGCAUUGUUUUGUGGCUCUGUUAAAAAGACUGUCCAGUCAGAUUUUUUCAUUGUGCUUUUCUUAAAAAUAAUGUUAAAAAUCUUGUCUGGUCUCUUUGUCGUAGACCCAGUCUCGUCUAUGGUCUCGUCUCCUGAGCGGAGUGUCUCGUUCACCGCUAUAUAUGAUAUCGUUUUUUUAAAACGUGAAAUUUGAACUGCAGUGUGGCGAGUGACGACUAAAAUUUCAACUUUAAAAUGACAUUUUUGCUCAUUACAUUAUUCUCAUAAAAUUACGUUUUUUGUACAAUACUUUGAUGUUAUUCAUAAAAUUACUGUUGAUUUUUAAGUUUUCUUCAAUUGUAAUUUUUUGUGCCGUGGGCCAAAAACGGCCCCCAGGCUGCACUUUGGACACCCCUGAUCUCGAGGCUUUUGCCUUUCAUGCAACCAUUUCUGAUUCCAAAUGAGCAACUAGAAGUCAAGUUCAUAUUUGUUGUUCCUACAAGUUGGCUCAGCUACAAGACUGGAGAUCUCCUGGAGUUCAGCCUGCUUUAAACGGACUUGUGUGUUCACUUUCUAUCUAAACGUUUCCCAAAGUGUCUUUUGCACUCUCACCACUGAAACGCUGAAAGAAAGCAGCGCACUUGCUCUUUCUUCAUGGUGCCACACACACUUCUUCUCUGUUUGACAGACAAAACAAAAACGGAUUUAUCAUUUUGGUAGGAGUAUUGAAGAUGCCAUUAGGUGGACUGACAAUCUCUCGGUUUGAUGCAGUCUUUUUCAAAAUGUCGUCCACGAUUGCUUUUUAAUUUUUUUUAAUGUUUUUAACAUUUCAGCAUAAUAACAAUUUAAUAUUUGUCAAAGUUCUGAAUGGUAAUCUGAAUUUCACCACUUAAACUUGGUCUGUCCAUAACCACGGUGAAGGACGAAAGCUGAAGUUGGAAGACGUGAGCCAAGCAGAGAGUGACGUUUGACUUGGCACCCUGACAGCAGGGCCCGUUAUCGCUUCAUGACAGCCAAACCAAGGUUUGGCCAACUUAGGUUUGUUGAAAAACCAAUGAUUGUCAGUUUUUUUCUUUUGUUUCUGCAACGAGGAAGUGUUGAAGAUAUGAUCAUCGUUGUACUGUGUCAAGCUUUGGGAGGUUAUCCAUGGACUGUCUGUAUGGUGAUGAAAAACACUGCCCGAUGUGUUUGUAACAUUCAAACAUUAUAAAUAAAAUCAACUAUUUUGAUAUUUGUGCACAUAUUUGAAGUGGUCUUUAUUUGUAUGUGAUUGCCCCCACAUCCCGACCACGACUUGCUACAACGUCCCUUAGCACAGGGGUGCCCGAACUUGCUGGAUACUCGGGAAGAAAAAAAAAAAGGAUGCGGGGCCACUUUACUUUUCGACCGUUAGUCGGAGGUGCAAUGUGGUUUUCGUCCCAGUCGCGGGACACUGGACCAGCAAGGCUAUUGGAGGGUACAUGAGAGUUUGCCCAGACGGUUUACAUGUGCUUUGUGGACAGUGGACGGUAUUUGUACAACCGGAGUAGGAGCCUGUUUCUGGUGAACAUUGGCCUCCAAAUCAGAGGCCAUUUUCUCAGUCGGAAAAGGGUGGAUUGCUCCCUCCAGGUUGGGAAUGAGGUCUUUUAUUGGUCGAUUCUGUGUUCUCACGCUCACCUAUGGUCAUGAGCUUUGGGUUGUGAACGAAAGCAGCUGAAAUGAGUUUUCCCCCGUAGGGUGGCUGGACUCUCAUAGGGUGAGGAGCUCGUUUGUCCGGGAGGGGUUCAGAGUAGAGCCGCUGCUUCUUCACAUAGAGCGGAGCCACUUGAGGUGGCCCAGGCAUCUCGUCUGGAGGCCUCCCAGACGCCUCCCUGGUGAGGUGUUCAGGGCAUCCAGCCAGGAGAAAGCCCCCAGGAAGACCUAGGACACGCUGGAGGGAUUGUGUCUCACAGCUGGCCUGGGAACACCUUGGUGUCCUCUCCGUGGAAUUGGAAGAGGUGCCCAGGGACCGGGAAGUCUGGACUUCCCUACUGAGACUACUGCCCCCACUACCUGGACCCGGAUAUGCUAAAGAAAAAGGAUAACAGUGUGUUUUUUCCUGGUCCUGGAACUGUGGACCAGCUCUAUACACAUGGGGUGCAUGGGAGUUUGCCCAACCAGUCCACGUGUUUUAUGGACUUGCAGAAGGCCUUAGAGCAUAUCCCUUGAGGAAUCCCGUGGGGGGUGCGCCAAGGGAUCUGGUUUGGUGGCUGCAGAAUUGGGUCUUUGCUUUUUGCAGAUGAUGUGUCCUGCUGGCUUCACCAGGCUGUGAUGUGGAAGCAUUUACAACAUUUUGGUGUCUGUUUUGGAACUUUGCAGACUCUGGGAGGCAACAGAUUCAUGCAGAAUAUAUGCAUUAUAUUUUAAGACAUUAUACAAUUAAGUACACACAUAUCCCUGUUAUUCGUCAUUUUUCAAUAACCCAGUUGGAGAAUUCAUAAAUAUUCAAUAAACAUAUGUUGCAUAUGCAGAUUUGUGGACACAUCUGAAGAUAUUUGUGUGUGUGAACCAGCAUGUUUGUUUAUGGCAUCGUGCAUUUGUGUGUCCUUUCACUCCCAAACAUAAUCCAAGCAUGUGUCUGUCCAAUCACACGCACGUGAACCACGUUAGUCUGAUAGGCGACUGUCAAAGCAGACUCCGGAAUUAGGAUUCCUCUAAAGCAGGGGGGUCCAAAAGUGCAGCUAGGGGGCCAUUUGCAGCCCAUGGAUGUUUUUUAGUGGCCUACAACACAUUCUAAAAAUAUAAUUUAAUGACAACAACAAAAAAACUGAAAACAUUUAAAAAUCAGGAGUACUUUUACAAGAAUCAAGUCAAAAUAUGAAGAGAAAGAAGUUGUAAUCCAAUGAGAAAAAGUUGUAAUUUACAAGAAUAACGUCAUGUUCGUAGCAUGAAAGAUAUUUUUGGAAGUCGAACUAUAAGAAAUGAAAAGUUGUUGGAAAAUUAGGUUGAGGGAAAAAAGUUAUAAUUGUAAUUGGAAUAAAGUGAAAAUAUCCUGAGAAGUUAAUGCACAAACAUUAUUUAAGAACAAAUAUUUGUAAAAUGAAAAAAAACAGCAAAAAAUAGGGUAAAAAAACAAGAGUAAAUUAGAGAAUAGGCUUUUUCACCUGUAUGACAAAGCUGAGAUGCACUUUGUUCUUGAAAUAUAAAUAACUUCUUAGCAUAUCUACAUGUGUUGCUUUACAAAAUAACAAAGCUGCAUCCUUUCAUUUUUUCACUAUGUGGCCCUGCUGGAAAGUUUGGACACCCCUGAUCUAAACCAUGAUGAAAAAAAAACCAACUAAAACCAUUUCUACUAUUGCUAGCAUGAUUGGUCUUGUUGUAGUGAUUAUUAUGAGCAUCAGUAUGACCUUUUAGCAAUAUUCACUGGUGGAACAUCAUUUGCAUGUCUGCAGCACCUUCAGCUGAUCCUCUAUGGUCUUCAAUUCCUGCUCCAAGGCUGACAUCUAAACACACCAGGAGCAAAUGGAAGAAGUGAACGGAUACAAUAGUUUACAUUCCAUCAUACAAACAAACAGCAGGGUGUUCUUGAUUGCACACAGUUACAGUGAGGACGCAUGACCAUAUUUAAAUCUAUGAAUGCGUUGUGGAUUUUCAAUUAUACGGUGCAGUAACACAGUGCCCUCCGCAAGUAUUGGAACAAUGAGGCCUUUUUUUUUUUUUAAUUCUGAGAAAAAAAGAUUUCUGAAACUGAUUGAAGUGACUGAAAUUCCAGCCUGGCAUUCCGAUUCUUGCAUCUUCUGCUGUAUCAUUUUGUUCAGCUCUCACAAUGUUUCUGUCAUCAACUGCUGAUGUUUUCCUUGCUCUACGUCAGGGGUGUCCAAAGGUUUUUCCAGGGGGGGCCACAUAGUGAAACAUGAACGGAUGCAACUUUGCAACACACGUAAAUAUGCUAAUAAGUUAUUUAUAUUUCAAGAAAAAUAUGCAUCUCAGCUUUGUCAUAUAGGUGAAAAAGCCUUUUUAUCAACUUUGCUCUUUCCCCCAUUUCUGCUGUUUUUUGGACACUCCAAAUGGUCAAUGUUGGUGAAUGCUUCUGAUGGAUUUUCACAAUUGCUUGUUUUUCACCCAGAGACAAGUGUCUGCUUUUCAUGUUGUUUUCACCUCUAAAUGCAGUCAACACAGGCAAAACCUAUCCUACCUCAUCUGAAUGUGAGCCUAGAGACAUUCAGUGCUACUUACUGAUUAAAUAAGCCACGUAAAAGGACACACCUGCGCAACAAACAGAUCUGUCACUCACAUGUUCCAAUACUUUUGCUCACAUGAAAAAUGGGUGAGUUCAAACAAAAGGUGCUCUAUUCUAAGUUGGGUAUCUGAUCCCGAUGUAAUUACCUGGAUAUCAAAGCUGAAAUGUUGCUCUCAUAGUCAUCUUUAGAUGUCAAACCCAAAUGUUUUUGCUCUACAGCAACAAUAAAGUACUUGGCCUCACUGUUCCAGUAGUUCUGGAGGGCACUGUUUAUAUUAAAACAUGUUUUUCUUUUUCAUACUAAUGCAUUAUAACACUGAUCCACAACAUUUCCACAAAUAAGCCAUUCAGCCAAACUAUGACUUUAUACUUCAGAAUUUAUAAUCAUUCAGUUUAGUUGGUUCAUAAAUUCUGUUUGGACUUGUAUGCCAAAAUGAAGGGAAUAUGAAAUAAUAAAUGGAUAUCAUUGGUGGCUUCUGAGAAGAAAUAGCACAAUGUGGGUGGUUUAUGUUGGAAGUUUCGAAUCUUUUUAAGAGUGCCAGUGAUGUGCGCAGAGCUCACCUUACUGUCCAUCUGCUGCCGGACUUGUGCCGGGACUUUGGUCAGGUAGUCUGGAGCUUGGAUUUUGCAGAGGAUCUCCUCCAGCUUGGGGACAAGCUUGCGUCUACGCUGGGUGAGCUGGACCACUUGUUUGUCAAUGUUCAUGCCACUCUGUGAGAUCAUUGCAAUGGGUAACAACAUUACAUAACACACACACACACACACACACACACACACACAC